AUGCCAUGUCAGUCUCAAAUCCAAAUAGUAUUCAUUUCAAAACAUUUUUUUCUAUCAUCAAAAGUAAACGAAUUAUUCAAGUGGCUCUAAGUAUCUUAUCCUGUAUACACACACACACACACACACACAAACACACAAUAUCUAUUUUAGUAAAUUAUGAUUCGCACAGAUGCUCGGAGGAUACUCUGCUGCUGUCACAGGAACAGGAAAGAACACUACGAGCGGAGGAUGCUUCAUGGGAUGACGAUAUAAUCCCUGAUUUGAAGAUUCUCGCACUUCGCGUCAUAGUGUCGACAUGGAAGGAUAAUCCUGUUCUGAAAGAUCUAUCGACAUGCGCUGACAAGGACGUGUUGGUGGAAACUCUGCCGACCGAUCUUCCCUUUGAAUUGACGAUAACGAGAAUCGACAAUGAUUUUUAUUGGGAACGGGCAGCCAAAGACAGGUGGAAGCAUAACGAUCUGACCGAGCACGGCGGCUCAUGGCGGCGAUUAUACUGCGAGCGUCACUUAGUCGAAUACUUGGAAACUUUGGAAGCCAGCUACUUCGAAGCACAGAGAGAAGAGUGCGAGAAGCUAAUGACUCUCGUAAAAAACUACGUACACGUCAUAAGACUUCAUUGUCUUAUGCCGACCAAGUGAGAUCACCUGAUUCCAUAUUUUAGCAUCAUUUUUUCAAAAUGAGAGACCUCGUCAAAAUUAUU